AUGAAAUCAUUUGAAAUAGCUAUCGUAGCCGUUGUCUCUGUCGUUGGGGCUUUUAUAGGUAUUUCCUGGGUCCUUUCUUUCUUCCGUGCAGUUAAUAACAAAAAGCAAACCGUCAUGCCUCCCUCGGGUCAAGGAGCUAACCACAGCGAUGUUGAAAGAGCCGGAGGUACUAAUCAAAGCCGCAGAGGAAACAAGGGUGGUGGCAUGGUUAUUUUGGGAGCUGGAGCUGGAGCUGGUGCUGCUGUGGCUACCACAGAUAUCGUAACUAGCGGCGGUUGGGGGGGGAGGUGGUGGCGGUUGCGGGGGUGGCGGCGGCAGCGGUUUUGGGGGAGGUGGUGGGUGUGGAGGAGGAGGAGGAGGUGGGGGUUUUGGUGGUGGUGGGUGUGGAGGAGGAGGUGGUGGGGGCUGUUGAUCAGGGUGGAUGAUAUAGUAGUUUUCUAUAGCAGCGGUUUUGGGGGCGGUAGUGGGUGGGGAGGAGGGGGGGGGGGGGCUGUUGAUCAGGCGGUUUUGGGGGCGGUAGUGGGUGUGGUGGAGGAGGAGGUGUUGGUGGGUGUUGAGGAGGAGGUGGUGGGGGCUGUUGAUCAGGGUGGAUGA